AUGGUGUUCGGUUCAGAUGUCUCCCUCCCAUCACAAGGGAAGAGUGUAAUGGUUGUGAUGGACGCGAAUCGCAGCAAAGUAAGCGUCGACGCACUUGAUUGGGCUAUCAAACACGUCCGCCGAAAAGACACGAUUGUUGUUCUUGCGGUGUUGUCGGCGGUCGGAAAGAAGACUUCUUCUUCAUGUUUUCCGUUCAUUGGAUUCUCCAGAAUUUGGGUAAGAUUAGAGUUCUCUGGACAUGGGGAAAUGAGCCCCCAAGAACUUGAAGAAGAGAUUGAGAAUAAAAGGGAAGAAUAUCAAUCUACUCUCCAGCCAUUUUACCAACGGUGCAAGAAGAGGGAGGUGAAGUUGGAAGCCAAACUUGCCGCAGGAUAUGAUCCCAGGAAUAUUACUAUUGAAGAAGCACUAAGUUUUAAACCCCGCUGGAUCGUUUUAGACAGGCGCUUGAAGAAACAUAAAGUGUAUAUAGAUGGGCAUGUAGGCUGCGAUGUUGCAAUAAUGAAGGAGAAAGGUGUUGCUACCUUAAUGCCAUCAAAAGCUCCUGAGUGUGAACGAUGGUGCACAGAAAGUGAAGAAAUUAAUGAUAUAGCAUCAACAGAAAACGAACCCAAGGAAAUGCAAGAUGAAGGUUCUGAUACUGACGAGGACGAGAGCGUAUUGAUACCUGCACCACCAACUCCUCAAAGUUCAUGUUGGCGCCCGCUUUCAUCGAGACAUGGAUUCCCUCGAGCUUUCUCUCUUAUUGAGCUUGAGAUGGCAGCAAAUGGCUUUGGCACUGAGAAUCUGAUCCUAGAGGAGGAUGGCAUGAAACUUUAUGAAGGAAUAUAUCAGGAAACACCAAUUUUAAUCAGGCUUUUUUCUGGAGAUGAUGAUCGCUUCUGGUCAUUACUCAAGGUCCUCUCCUGUGUACGCCAUCGCAAUAUUGUGAAUCUAGUGGGGUACUGCUGCACGGCUGAUUCUUUGUUCCUGCUAUGCGACUAUCCUUGCAAUGGUAAUGAGUUGGCUAAGAACCUUUUGUGGAAAACAAGGUGGUAUAUUGCUCUAGAAAUAGGUGCAGGCCUACGCUAUCUGCGAGAGGAGUGUGCUGAUGGACCUAUCAUAGACCUUUCUAUAUGUUCGUCUGCAGUUGUAUUUUCUCACAGUUCCACAGCAAUGCUUAGCAUGUUCAAGAGAGCCAAGUGGCUUAAGGGUGAUCUACCAUGUAAUGAAGAUUCACCAGCAGAUCUUGAAAGGUGCACAUGCCCAACUAUAGAGGAAGACGAACGCCUUCUGGCUGAUUUAUGCGGUUAUGGGAUGUUCCUCAUAGAGCUCAUAACUGGAAAGAGUGCACAGACAUUUCAAGAGCAGGGCGAGGGUCAAUCCUUAGUUGACUGGAGAGAGCAAAAGAGAGAGUAUAUGUGGAAGAGAGUUGUUGAGGUAGAGGCAUUGCCCUUUCUGGAAAAUGGUUCACUGGACCAGGUGAUGGAUCCAAGAAUAGAGGACACAAGCGAUAUCAGGGUGGUUGAUCAUAUUGCACAAGCUGCACUGCUAUGUCUGAAAAAUGACUCAUGCCACAGAUUUUCCAUGAGUGAGGUCUUAGCUGUGGCUCGGGGUGAUAAAUUUGCAAUCGCCAAGUACUGA